AUGGUGAGUCUGCCCACGCCCUGCACAGCGACAGGCACGCCAGCUCACCGCCUCCCCCUUGGCCCGCCCUCGCAGACCGUCGUCCACCAGCUCGUCCUUCACCCGGCAAUCUCGGCUUCCCUCAAGGUCGGCUCGACCACCGUCGGCCGCGACAAGCUGUACCGCGCCAUCCAGUACUACUCUCGCUUCCUCGCCUGGUACUGCCUUCGCAAGGGCUACUCGAACGAGACGGUCGCGCGCCUCAAUGCUCUCAAGAGCACCCUCGGCCUGUCGCGCAAGCUCAUGCGCAUCGGCAAGCCGCUCGAGCACGCCCAGGCCGCCGUCAAGAGCCUCGACAUCCAGGACUCGGUCCUCAAGUUGACCACCGUCGGCCGCCAGGUCGGGUACGCCGGUUAUCUCGUCCACGACAUGCUCGUCUGGCUCCACUCGGCCAAGGUCGUCUCGUUCUCGCCCGUCACGUACAAGCGCAUCCAGCUCCGGGCGGCGCGCCUGUGGAUGACGGGCAUCGCGUGCUCGAUCGUGUGCAGCGCGUACAAGCUGUACGGCCUCCAGCAGCGCGAGGCGGCCGUGCGCAGGGCGUUUGGCGGCGAGAAGGUCGACGAGCGCAAGGUGGAGCUCAAGACGAUCCGCACGCAGCAGGCGGCGACGAGGUACCAGCUCGUGCAGGACAGCCUCGACAUCCUCAUUCCCUCGGGCACGCUCGGCUUCCACUCGCUCAACGACGGCGUCAUCGGCCUCGCCGGCACCGUCACGUCCUUCAUGGGCCUGCGCAGCCAGGUCAACAAGGUGCUCGGCGGCGCCAAGUGA